CUUUCAACCCAAAAUAUAUACUCUAAAUAUUCGAUUUAUAAAUAGAAUAAUUUUUAAAAAAAAAAUUAAAAAUAAAGUGAAAUUGAUUCGUGAUAGUUGAUUGUGACUGUGGCGUUUGGUAGUGGCAAAAAUGAAUACUGUGGUUCAAUCUUUAGCCCUAAACUGCGAGGAAAAAUGUCGUCACUAGUUCUAUAUUGUUGACAAUUAUUUUGUUCCAUCCAUCACAGAAUCUCAACCAAGAGGCGAUGAUGCUACCUUGGGUGAUCAGUCUCCUGACAUGUCUUCUCCUACCGUCGUGUUUGCCGAACCCGCAUCGGGGGCGCCAUCAUCCUCCGGAACCGCACGCCGAAGCCUACCACAUAUCACGUGACCAAUUCGAUCCUCACAGGGACUCGGAGGAAUUCAGACGGGACGCCUCUGACGAUAAGAGGGAGUUCACCAGGAGAGAUUCUACCGACGAUGAUCCUCUGGUGGUCCAGACCAAAAAAGGGAAGGUGCGCGGCUCAACCGUUACAGCAGUAACAGGAAAGAAAGUAGAUGCGUGGUUGAGUAUCCCGUACGCCCAGAAACCAAUCGGAAAUCUGAGAUUCCGACAUCCUCGACCAAUAGAAAAAUGGGAAGGCGUCCUGAACACGACGGAACUGAGCAAUUCAUGCGUACAAAUAAUCGACACCGUUUUCGGCGAUUUCGUCGGUUCCACCAUGUGGAAUCCCAACACACCCCUCAGUGAGGAUUGCCUGUACUUAAACGUGGUAGUGCCGAAACCGCGUCCCACCAAUGCCGCCGUCAUGGUUUGGGUGUUCGGCGGCGGGUUCUAUUCGGGUACAAACACUUUGGAAAUCUACGACCACAAUAUAAUAGUGUCCGAAGAAAAUGUGAUAUUAUGUUCGAUUCAGUACCGCGUAGCUUCGUUGGGCUUCCUUUAUUUCGGUACCACCGAUGUUCCAGGGAACGCGGGAAUGUUCGACCAAAUGAUGGGGUUGCAAUGGAUUAAAGACAACAUAGCUGCUUUCGGCGGAAACCCCAAUAACAUAACUCUAUUCGGCGAAUCUGCGGGAGCCGUAUCAGUAGCUUUGCAUCUGCUAUCGCCGCUCUCCAGAAACCUCUUCUCUCAAGCGAUCAUGCAAAGCGGAGCGGCCACGUCACCUUGGGCUAUCAUUUCCAGGGAGGAAAGCUUCUUAAGAGGAUUGCGUCUGGCUGAAGCGGUGAAAUGUCCUCACGAUAGAUCCGAUUUGAAUGCGGUAAUCGACUGCCUUAAGAAGAAAGACCCCGUGGAACUUGUAAACAACGAAUCAAUCACGCUAGGGAUCUGCGAGUUUCCCUUCGUGCCCAUCAUAGACGGGUCCUUUUUGGACGAACACCCAGUGCGAGCUCUAGCCAAUAAAAACUUCAAAAAAACUAACAUUCUGCUUGGUUCGAAUAGUGAAGAGGGCAACUACUUUAUCAUCUACUAUUUGACCGAAUUGUUCCGAAACGAGGAGAACGUCUACGUGAGCAGACAAGAGUUUUUGCGCGCUGUGACGGAACUGAAUCCCCAUGUUAACGCCAUAGCCAGACAGGCCAUCAUUUUCGAGUACACCGAUUGGUUGAAUCCAGACGAUUCCGUAAGUAAUAGAAACGCUUUGGACAAGAUGGUGGGUGACUACCAUUUCACGUGUGACGUCAAUGAAAUGGCUCAUCGGUACGCCGAAACGGGCAACAAUGUAUAUAUGUACUAUUACAAGCACAGAACUGUGGCCAAUCCGUGGCCGACUUGGACAGGUGUGAUGCACGCUGACGAAAUAAAUUAUUUAUUCGGAGAACCCUUAAAUCCGGCCAAAUCCUACACUGCUCAAGAAGUAGACCUGAGUAAACGGUUGAUGCGAUAUUGGGCGAACUUCGCGAAAACAGGAAAUCCCAGCUUGAGUCCGAACGGGGUUUGGACACCUACGUUUUGGCCUUUGCAUACAGCCUAUGGCAGAGAGUAUCUUACGCUCGCCGUCAAUUCCACUGCUACCGGUAGGGGGCCCAGGCUCAAGCAGUGUGCCUUUUGGAAAAAGUACCUACCUCAGCUGCAGCAGAUGACGGGUAAGUUGAUCCAGAACGAGACUCGGAGCUCCUCUGUACAAGAUGACUAUUAUUGGGGAUUGGUUAACGGCAAUAUUAUUUCUGAUAAUGGUGUUAAUAUUACAACUAUUGAUGAUAUUAAAUCUACUGACGAUAUUAAAACUAAUGAUAUUAAAUCUAAUGAUAAUAAAACCAAUGAUAUUAAAACUACUGAUGAUAAUAAAACUACUGAUGAUCUUAAAACUAUUGUUGAUAAUAUCGGACCUGAUGAUGUUAAAACUGUUGAUGAUAUUAAAACUGACGAUGACAAUAAAACUAUCGAUGGAUUAAAAACUAUUGGUGAUAAUACAGUUAAAAUAAAUAAAUAUAUUAAUGAUAGUAUUGUAGAGUCAAUGCCAUCUGUAAAGAAAUAUAAUGACAUUUUUGUGAAUGACGAUAAAACUUGCAAAAAUAAUACGACUGAAGUAUUUACUGAUAAUAAAACUAAAGAAAGAUUUCAAAAACUUAUAAAUGCUGUAAGAGGAUUCGUAAAGAAUAUAUUAUAAGUAUUUAGUUUUGAUAAUCGUUGUACAUACUUUUUUUAAUGCGCUUUUUGAUGUUUUUUUUUAUAAUUUGUCUUUAAUUUGAAUAAAUCCUUUUUUUUUAUUAAAACA